AUGGCUACUUUUACGCCGCAGAUACCGCCGUCAGUGAUUCUGAAGUCGAAAGACAAACUGCAGGAUGAAGGUCCUCGCCGACAAACCAAGGAGGAGUACAGGCGAAUGAAAGAGUUGGAAGAAGCACGUAAAGCUGGCACGGUUCCCGCGAUGACCGAUGUAGAGACAGGCAGCGACAUCAAUCCACAUAUCCCUCACUACAUCGCCCAAGCCCCGUGGUACAUAAGUGCCAGCGGUCCAACUCUAAAGCAUCAACGGCCUCACGAAGAACGGAAAAGAGGUUUGGCGGACAUCAACGAGUGGUACAAACGGGGGGUCACCAACAGGGUCGUUACAAAAUACCGAAAGGGUGCUUGUGAGAAUUGCGGAGCUAUGACACACACGAAGAAGGAUUGCUUCGAAAGGCCACGGAAAAUUCUGGCUAAGUUUUCAGGCGAAGAUAUAGCGCCAGAUGACGUGUCGCAGGCGGAUAUAGAGUUGUCGUAUGAUGCUAAACGAGACCGAUGGAAUGGUUUUGAUCCGGUUGAAUACAACUUGAAAGCAGUGGAAGAGUUCAAGCGGUUCGAAGAAGCGAGGAAAACAAUCAAAGCUGAAAGUCUAGAGGAGGAAUACCUGAUUGCGAAGUCGAGUGAAAACGGCGAAGAGAGAGAAGUAAAGGAGGAAGAAAAGGAAGUGAAAACGGAAAAAGAAAAAGAGGAUUUCGACGAGGACAAAUACGCUGAAAACGCUGCCAUGCCUGGUGUAAAAUUGGACACGGACAGUCGAACAAGGAUUACUGUACGAAACCUGCGUAUCCGAGAAGAUACGGCAAAAUACCUAUACAAUUUGGACCUAAACUCGGCUUAUUACGACCCAAAAAGUCGAGCGAUGCGCGAAAACCCGUUUAAGGAGUCAAACAAAGCGCCUGAGGAAGUGCCUUUCGCCGGCGACAAUUUCACACGUUACACCGGCGAGGUCGUUACUGUAAAUAAAACGCAGCUUUUCGCGUGGGAGGCGCACAAACGGGGAGCUGAGGUGCACGCUUUGGCUGAACCUACGAAACUUGAACUGCUAAAAAAGGAGUACACCGUCCGGAAGGAAAAUUACAAACACGUCCAAGAGAAGAACAUUUUGGAAAAGUAUGGUGGCGAAGAGUACCUAAGAGUACCACCCAAAGACCUGUUGCUUGCUCAGACCGAAGCCUACGUCGAGUACAGCCGUACGGGAAAAGUUGUGAAAGGCAUGGAAAAGCCGGCCAUCAAAUCCCGUUAUGACGAAGAUGUAUUUGUUAACAAUCACAAGAGUGUAUGGGGAUCCUAUUGGACUAAUGGCCAAUGGGGUUAUGCCUGUUGCCACAAUACGGUGAAGAACAGUUACUGCAUCGGUGAAGCUGGCAAAACACUUUUGUCUGUGACAUGA